AUGAACCAUGGCGCCAUGGACCACAGCGCCAUGGACCACAGCCACCAUCACACCAUGACUCCGCCCCAACCAUCCGGACACAACAACGGAGGAGCCGGAGGCGGAGGAGGAGGAGAUGGCCGUGCCUGUAUCGGUGUGUUCCUAUUGGCCAUGCUGUAUGAGGGGCUGAAGAUCGGUCGGGAGGUUCUGUUGCGCCGCAGUCAGGUCAACGUGCGCUACAACUCCAUGCCCCUCCCAGGGGCUGAUGGGACGGUGCUCAUGGAAACGCACAAGACCGUCGGGCAGCGGAUGCUAAGCCCCGCCCACUUCCUGCAGACCCUGUUACACAUCAUUCAGGUGGUCGUCAGCUACUUCCUGAUGCUCGUCUUCAUGACCUACAACGGUUACCUGUGCAUCGCCGUGGCGGCUGGCGCUGGAAUGGGUUACUUCCUGUUCAGCUGGCGAAAGGCAGUAGUGGUCGACAUCACUGAACACUGCCAUUAGCCGCAUGCUACGCUAGUUAGCGGCACACGGUCUGAUUUUUGCUGAUCACAAUCACCAAACGUUAACAAACCAUCACUCUAUGUUAGCAUGUUAGCAACAUGCUAACAGAAACCCAACAAGUAAAAGAUA